GUCGCCACCCUGGCAUUCCGCCGCCGUUCGGCUGCGCGGUGUCUGCUCCCGCGGCUCUGGGCGGCGCCGCAAUCGGACCCCGGGUGCCUGCUGGCCGGUGGCGGCGGCGAUGGCCUCCUGAGCGGGCCGGCAACAGACAGCAGCGGGAGGGCGGGCGCCGCGGCGCAGCCCGCGUCGGAGCGGAGGCCGGGCCGCGCCUCUUUGUCUCCUCCGUAGGCUGCGGCGCGUCCCCAGCUCCCGGGCGGAAGUGGGACGCGCGGGGCGCCCGGCCGCCGCGGCCGCACCAUGAGCGACAUCCGCCACUCGCUGCUGCGCCGCGACGCGCUGAGCGCCGCCAAGGAGGUGCUGUACCACCUGGACAUCUACUUCAGCAGCCAGCUGCAGAGCGCGCCGCUGCCCAUCGUGGACAAGGGCCCCGUGGAGCUGCUGGAGGAGUUCGUGUUCCAGGUGCCCAAGGAGCGCGGCGCGCAGCCCAAGAGACUGAAUUCGCUCCAAGAGCUUCAACUUCUUGAAAUCAUGUGCAAUUAUUUCCAGGAACAAACCAAGGACUCUGUGCGGCAGAUUAUUUUCUCAUCACUUUUCAGCCCUCAAGGGAACAAAGCAGAUGACAGCCGGAUGAGCUUGUUGGGGAAACUGGUCUCCAUGGCAGUGGCUGUGUGUCGGAUCCCCGUGUUGGAGUGUGCAGCCUCCUGGCUCCAGCGGACACCUGUGGUCUACUGUGUGAGGCUGGCCAGGGCCCUCGUGGAUGACUACUGCUGUUUAGUGCCAGGCUCCGUUCAGACGCUGAAGCAGAUAUUCAGUGCCAGCCCACGAUUCUGCUGCCAGUUCAUAACAUCUGUCACUGCGCUCUACGACCUGUCCUCAGAUGACCUCAUCCCACCCUUGGACUUGCUUGAAAUGAUUGUCACCUGGAUUUUCGAGGACCCAAGGUUGAUUCUCAUCACUUUUUUAAAUACUCCGAUCGCAGCCAAUCUCCCAAUCGGAUUUUUAGAGCUCACUCCCCUCAUUGGGCUGAUCCGCUGGUGCGUGAAGGCCCCUCUGGCUUACAAGAGGAAAAAGAAGCCCUGCUUGUCCAAUGGCCACAUCAGUAACAAGGUCACCAAGGACCCAGGCGCGGGGAUGGACAGAGACUGCCAUGUCCUAUACUCGAAACUCCACCUCAGCGUGCUGCAGGUCCUCAUGACGCUCCAGCUGCACUUGACUGAGAAGAAUCUGUAUGGGCGCCUGGGGCUCAUUCUGUUUGACCACAUGGUCCCACUAGUAGAGGAGGUCAACAGACUAGCAGAUGAACUGAACCCCCUCAAUGCCUCACAGGAGAUCGAGCUCUCGCUGGACCGACUAGCACAGGCUUUGCAGGUGGCCAUGGCUUCAGGAGCCCUGCUGUGUACAAGAGAUGACCUGAGAACUCUGUGCUCCAGGCUGCCCCAUAACAACCUGCUCCAGCUGGUGAUCUCAGGCCCCGUGCAGCAGUCACCACACACAGCGCUCCCCCCUGGGUUCUACCCUCACAUCCACACGCCCCCGCUGGGCUACGGGGCUGUGCCAGCCCACCCUGCCGCCCACCCUGCGCUGCCCGGGCACACCUUCAUCUCAGGCAUGACCUUCCCAUUCAGGCCCAUCCGCUAGGCCAGCCUCUCUGUGCCGCCGAGCGGCUGUGUGCCUUUGUACCCGGGCUGAGGGUGCUUUCUGAGAAAGGGGUGCUGGCCCCCAGCAGAGCUCCCUCUGAGGCAGUGGACAGCCCCUCCUGGCCAGCAGAACCAUCUUGGUGAGGAGGUUCACCACAGUCCACGUGCUUCCUGGUCACAUUCUUAAAAAUCCAGAUUGGAUGAAUGAAAGGGAAGCGCUGCUGUGUUUUUAAAUGGCCAGUUCCACAAGCCUGGGCUCACUCAGUGUCUUUCAGAUACUCAGAGCCCCUCCGUGGGACACGGACGGAGAAGUCUCUCUGCCAGCCCAUUUGCUGGCCUCUUUCCUCAGGAAUGUGACCUGCUCUGCCGUCAACACAGGCUCUUUCUGCAGCUCCAUGAGCUCAGAGCUGGAAUGGCUGGCGCCACCCAAGCUCAGGUGCAGCACUGGGCAUUGCUCAGGGACACCUGUCACCCUGGAAAGGAGCUGUUUUAUCGCGGGUCUCUAA